CACUGUACUUCACUGUACAUGUCCAUUCAGUUUAAUAUCUCUAGCAUAUUUAGUUUUCACCAAGUACCAAAAAUACAAUAUGAUAAAAAAAUUUUUUAAACAAAAUUAACCUGUUCCAGGGCAAUACCAUAUUUUUUGGACAUACACCUUUGAAUAGCAUGGUAUUUUGACAUGUGCCAGAAUAAUACCAUGGUAUUUUGGACAUGUACCAAUGUAAUAUGAUUUUUUUGGCCAUGUACCAGAGUAAAACUGUGGUAUUUUUGACAUCUACCAAGGUAAUAUUGUAAUUUUUAGCCAUGUAUCAGGAUUGUACCAUGGAAUUUGACAACAUACAAGGGUAAUACCAUGUUAUUUGCACUAGUAUGAUAUUUUGACAUGUACCAGGGUGAUGACAUAUUUUGACCAUGAACAUAGGCAAUUCCAUGGUAUUUUGACAUGUACUAGGGUAACACCAUGAUAUUUCAUACUCGUACUAUUGCAAUACAAUAAUAUUUUGGACACAUAGCUACCAAAAGGUAAUACCAUAGUAUUAUCUUAAGUAUACUGUAUAUGGGGUGCCAUUUAAAUACUAUGGCAAAUGCAUCUGGUCAUCAUUUGUUACUAUGGUAUACCCUUAAAUAAACAUAAUGUGACAGCACCGUCAUACUUCGACAGUAACAUAAUAAUAUAAUAAUACUGCGCAAUGCAUUUACAUGGAACUCUAUGUACUUCUAAGAAAACCACAUUUUUUGGUGCCAUAAAUUCUCUAACAUGUUGUGUUGGAGCUGGGCACAGGAGUAUCCAGUGCGCGUUGAUACUCCACCCCCUCAACAACUCCUGCCCCUUACCCACGAGCAGUCCACGCGCCUGGGACGGGCUCUCAUUGGCCUGGGUGGACGCAAACAGCCUGUGUGUCCUAUGAGAGAGACGUGCUCGGAGAGAUCCACGAGGCGCAUGUGGCUCUCCAGCACUGAUGCCCAUGUGUGUCCAGCUCGCAUCAUCGGCACAGCGGCCGUGUGAACUAUAAAACCACUCACUCAGUGUUUACAGACAGAUCAGAUCAUCAACAAACGACUAAAGCAUCUAAUACUAAGUAAAUAAUUAAUAAUAUCAGCCAUAGUGGUGAGCUUAUUAAAUCAGUUACAUUAGAAAGAAUUACCUUUAGGACUAUAAUAAAACGUUUAGUGACAUUAUUGGAGUUAAUAUUAAUAAAACAGCAAAAUGGGUGUACUAACAAAGAAACCCAAGGCCUUCGAGGUUCAGUUUAGUGACCCGAACAAGAGCGCGUACAGCGGCGGAGAUAAAGUGGCCGGGCGGGUGAUAGUGGAGGUGGCCGAGGUGGUGCACAUCUCCGCAGUUAAACUGUUCGGAAUCGGAUGCGCUAAAGUCGAUUAUAAAAAAGGGAAGAUGCACUGCAGGGAGGAGAUUGAGUACCUGAAAUAUGAAGAAGUUCUUCACCUCGAUCAUCAGCCAACAGAUGCAGAUGGACCCAUCACUCUCAGGCCUGGAAACAGAUACGAGUUCAUGUUCGGGUUCGAACUUCCACCGGCAGGGUGCCUUGUUUCCUCCUAUGUGGGAAAGUUUGGCUCAGUCCAAUACUACGUGAAGGCAGUCAUAGAGAAAUCCAGCCAGCCAUAUGCGGAAUGUAAGCAGUAUUUUGAGGUGGUGGAACCCAUUGAUGUCAACACCCAAGAGCUCACGGAUCCAGUUACAGGAGCAAAACACAAGAAAGUCACCUGCAUGUUUAUUCCCGAUGGCAGUGUUUCCGUGUCCGCUUGCAUAGGCCGGAAGGGUUACUGUGAAGGAGAAGACAUUUGCAUCGAUGCUCAAUUUGAGAACUCUUGUUCUCGGAUUGUCGUUCCUAAAGCCGCCAUCAUAGCUAAGCACAUUUACCGGGCGAACGGCCGCACCAAAGAGUUUCACAAGAAACUAAUUUCUGUCAGAGGAAACCACAUCAUCUCCGGCAUGUGUGAUGUGUGGCGGGGGAGAGUACUUCCUGUGCCAAAGCUGAAGCCAACUAUCCUUGGCUGUGACAUUAUCCAUGUUGACUAUUGUCUAAGGAUCUACUUGCAUAUCCCAGGAAGUGAGAAGCUCCUCUUAGAUCUUCCUCUGGUCAUCGGGACGAUCCCCUACAAUGGCAUGAACAGUCGCACCAGUAGCAUGAGCAGCCAGGACAACAAUAAUACCUCCAGCACCUGCGUGUCACUCCCAUCCUGUCCACCCAGCUAUAGCGAGAUCUCCCAGGACAAUCGCAUGGAUAGUUCCUUCAUUCCCCUCUUAGAUGAUUAUGAUGAGGAUGACAGUCCUAUAUUCAUGCGCAGUAGCGAGCAUCAUCUCCCCCCAUCUCCCCCGUCAUACACUGAGCAAAACUAAGACUGCAUUGGACGUGGAGUUCUCCUUCACUUGCUGUCGCCAAAUUUUAAACUCCAACAAAAGAUAAAAUGCAGGAAGAUCUCCGAAUGACGCUGCUAAUGGACCAUGCAUGGUUUACUCUAGAGUUGCGGACUAUGAAAUGCUGUGUCAUGCCAAGAACUGGUCGAUUGCAAGUUGCUAAAGUCAUCUGAAGCCGGACUCUUUUGCUGAUGUAAGAGUUCACCUCUUGAAAAUAACCACUGACGUCUUCAUGUUUAAUUCUGAACAAUCCUCAGCAUCUGAGAGGGUUUUAUUAUUUCUGAUUUUGCCAUAUUGGUGUAAUAUUCUGUCAGCACUUCAAAUUGGAAAGCGCUUGUGGUAUAAAAAACUUCAGAUUAUGAACAAUAUUUUUAUGAUGCAUUAAAAUAUGAUGCAGUUUUGUGAGUGAAAAAGAUUGUAUAUCAUAUUGAGUUACUUGUUAAGCUGUUGAUUAGCUGUUAGUCUAGUAUUACAAUCUUUCUCAGCAGCAUGUGUAUUUCUAAUUGAAUACAGAAAUUAGAAUAUGCAUUUAUAUGAUUAUAUAGAAUAUGCCUAUAUAGCUGUUCGUAUAUCUUAUCAGCUUUUACUAGUAUAUAAUUGAGUAUUAGUGUCAGAUUAUUCCACUUUGAAGUUGAUUGUUAUGUGCUUUUGUACUUUUGAUUUUUAUUUGAAUUUAUCAGUUCUACAGUUAACAACAGAAUACAAUAAAAAAAU